CACCCUUUAUAUGACUACCAUAUUCAAAAAUUCGAGACACGUAUUACAACCGGUGCGUUGUCUAUUAAUUAUUACGAAUUAAUUUAAAGAUAUGUCAGGAAUUUGUAAACAAGUAUUACGAACAUUAAAAGCAGGCGCUGUUAAUUCUUUAGUUAUUGGAAUUAUUAUUAAUAGUUCGAAUGUAAGAACAUUCGAUGCUACACAAACGAGAUUUAAUAAUGGCGAACGUGCUGUUUGGACGUUUACGUUACGAGAUUCCGAAGAAGAUUUUAUAAACGUAACUGUGUGGGGUACAGUAGAAUAUGUUAAAAAAUUAGUAACCGCUUUUCAUAUAGGUUCAAUAGUUGAAGUGAUAAAUGCAAAAAUAUUAGCUCGACAUAUUGAGGACAAAGACGAAAUUUUUGUACCUUUUGUAUCAAUUCCAUAUAAAUUAAUAGUGAACGAAGGUGUUGCACUAAUACAGAACCAUUAUGCACCUGUUCAUGAUACCUAUGAAAAAUUAUUAACAAUACCAACUAAAAGCGCUGAACGUUUGCAAACAUUGAAAAGUAUAUUAGAACAAAUAGAAAAUUUAUGCGAUCAAUACGUCGACAUUUUGGUUGUGGUCACGUUCGUCAGCGGAGAACGUAAUAUAACCACUCGAGAUGGUAGAACAUUAAAAUGUCGUAAUUUCGAAGCUACGGAUGGAACCAGCGAGUCACCAAUAGUUUUUAUACUUUGGGAAAACGAAUGGAUUGAAAGAGGAGCUACAUGGCAGCCUAAAUACACCGUUCUUUUUCUAGCCGACGCUCGUAUCAUGUUUGAUAAAUUUAAAAAGAAAACCGUCAUAAGUAUAGUUAGAAAGACAUUGAUCACAGAGAAUCCGAAUAUACCGGAGACAGAACUCGUAAGGAAAGCAGUAGAUCACUUUGGUCGAGAUAUUUUUUCUGCCGAUCCUUUUGCAGUACCUAAUCCCGAUACGAUUGUCACGGUGAUGACUAUAGAAGAAAUUUCGGAAAAAAUAAAUCAAGCAGCUAUCGUAGAAGAUGGAAGAUUACAAUUUGCAACAAUUUUGAAAGCGAUGGUAACUGAUAUGAAUUUGGAUGACACUAAUCCUGGUUUAAUAUCAACGAGAUGUGCUUUGUGUAAAAAAUUAAUUCUUAAAAAUAACGACUCUUGUAUGAAUUUGGAUUGUCCAUGUGGCAACGGUACUCGUCCACCAUUUAAUGCAAUAACUAUUAACGUGAAAGUUAAUUUAAAAGACGAUACUGGAUAUCUAAUCGGUUGUAGAUUAAGUGGAGAAAUUGCGGAAUGUAUUUUGGGUUGCACAGCUAAUGAAUUUCAGGCUAUGACAGUAGCUCAACGAGCCGAUUUAAAAUGGAUGUAUGUUAUGGAAAAAUGUGACGUACGUUUGCACGUGUUGGGACCAACGUCUCUCUUUCCUCGUGCUUUGUAUAAUAUUUUAUCAAUGCGGCCAACUGCCAAAGAAGAUAAAGAACUGAAUCAACCGGAUAAAACUUCUAACAUUUAAAAGGAUAAUGUUAAGAAAUAUAAAUAUGACAAU